AUGGGGAAAACACCGGCGCAGGAGAACCGCCUGAAGGCGAAGAAAGCCGGGAUGUCGCACCAAGACGUCCUGGACGAGAAGAAAAGAGAGGACUCCAAGUUGAAAAAGCUCGCCUCGGCGAACCAGUCGUUCGGGCAAGUGAAAGGCGCGGCGAUGAACACGAAACACGCGAAGGAGAUGCAACGUUUGAAAGACUUGAACGACCCGACGACGAAGAUUGGACGAGAACAUCUCCGGGCGCAAAAGAAAGCGGCGAAAGAAGCGCAGGAGUUUCUGUUGAGAACGAAAGGGAUCGACAUCAAACAGCCGGAAGUGGCGGAAGGCGUGGAUAAGAAGACGGUUUUGUGCGAGUUUUUUAAGCACGGAUGUUGCGCCAAGACCGGGGAUAAGUGCGCGUUUUCGCACGAUUUGGCCAUCAACGAAAAAAUCGCCAAGAGGAGUUUGUUCGAAAACGUAGAUUCCAUCGACGAUUGGGAUCAGAAGAAGUUAGAGGCGGUGAUUCAAAAGAAACACGGGCAAGAGGUGAAUUCGAGCAACGAGACGCAAAUUAUUUGCAAACACUUUCUCGACGCGGUGGAGAAGAAGUUAUACGGGUGGUUUUGGCAGUGCGCGGAUGGGAAGGAUUGCAAGUAUAAGCACAAGUUACCGCCCGGGUACGUGUUCGCCGCGGAUAUUCGAGCCGCGGAGUUAGAGGCUAUGAAGAAUAGAAAAACGGACCAGGAUCUUUUGAGAGAAAAGUUGAACGAGUUAAAAGUAAAAGGUGGGACUGGGACGCCGGUGACGUUGGAGAAUUACUUGGCGUGGAAGGAAAAGAAAGUCGCGGCGAGGAAAUCGACGGACGAGGAAGAAUUGAGAGAAAGGCACAAGAAGAAAUUGUUCACCGGGAAGGAGUUGGUCGAAGAAAUUACGAAUGAUACGGACGAUAAGACGGAAGGCGAAGACGAGAUUACGCGUUUGUUGGCGGAAAGAGCGAAAGCGAACCAAGAGAGCGAAGAUGCGGCGAGAAAAGAGGCGGAGGAGAACUUAGCGCGAGCGAAAGAAUUGGGUGAUUUGUACAACGAAGAUAUGCUUCCGGACGAUGAUAGAGGCAUGAUGGACGAUUUAGAGGAAGAUCUGGUUGUUCCAGAAGGUUGGUCCGAAGACGCGAUCGCACCGAAUGUAGUUGCUGGUACGAGAGAAGCGAAGGAAAUUAUGAGCGCGUUGGAGGUCCCCGAGCAAAAAGGUAUGACAGAAAAGCAAAAGAAAAUUCUCGAGGAGAAGAAGAAGUUGGAAGAAGAAGGCAUUGCCAUCGCACAGGAUACGAAGAAGCCGAAAGAUCCGGACGAUAUUUACAAACCUCAGACAGAAAUUCCGGAUGAAUUCAAAGAUAUGGACGAGUUAGAUCCGAAAGCUUUGGGCGAGGCCAUAGCGAAGAAACGCGCGGCAGAGGAAGCCGAAGCGUCCGCGCUGAUUUUACAAGUCGCCGAAGAAAAAGCGAAAAAAGAAGCCGCCAAGGCGGAAAAGAAAGCAGCGAGAGAGGCGGAGAGAGCGAAGAAGAAAAAGUCAAAGAAAGGGAUUAAAGGCGAAGACGAGGAGGAAGAAAUUACGAGCUUGGAACAAGCGAUUGGUAAGGCGGAAAUCAGCGGCAUCUCCAAAGCUGGUUUGAAACGAACCGUCACCGGCGUUCUCUCUUCGCAAAUUGCCGCCAGAGAUAUUAAAAUUACAAACUUCUCCAUGACGAUGAAUGGCAGAGUGUUAAUCGACGAAUGCGAUAUUGAGUUGACCAUCGGUAGACGAUACGGUUUGAUUGGGCAAAACGGCUCUGGAAAGACCAACUUUCUCGAGUGUUUAGCCAUGAGAGAGGUGCCAAUCCCAGAUCACGUAGACAUUUAUCACUUGAAAACUGAAGCGGAACCGUCGGAUAGAUCUGCGAUUCAGUGCGUUAUCGACGAGCUCGUGGAAGAGAUGGAACGAUUGAACAAGUUUGAGCAACAUUUGUUGGAGAAUUUCGGCCCGGACGACGAGCGCUUGAUGUCUUUGUACGAUCGAUUGGAGGAAAUUGAUCCAUCCACGUUCGAGGCAAGAGCGAGCGAAUUGCUGCACUCGUUAGGUUUCUCCGCGGAAAUGAUUGAUCGUCCGACGAAGGACAUGUCGGGGGGGUGGCGCAUGCGCGUGGCGUUGGCGAAAGCGUUGUUUGCGACGCCGACAAUCUUGUUGCUCGACGAACCGACGAACCAUUUGGAUUUAGAAGCGUGCGUGUGGUUAGAAAACCACUUGGCUUUGUACAAGAAAUGUUUAGUCGUCGUUUCUCAUUCGCAAGAUUUCUUAAACGGCGUGUGUUCGCACAUGAUUUGGCUCACCGAUGGCAAAUUGAAGUAUUAUUCCGGGAACUACGACACGUACUGUCGCACCGUUGAGGAAGACAACAUCGUCCAACAGCGUAAAUACGAAAAAGAACAAUCUGAUAUUAACCACUUGAAAGAGUUUAUUCGAUCGUGCGGGACGUACGCGAACGCGAGAAAGCAAGCGGAAUCGAAACAGAAAAUCAUCGAUAAAAUGAUCGCCGCCGGCUUAACUCCGCCGGUGCACAAGGAGAGAACGUUUACGUUCAAUUUUCCGGAUUGCGAUAAGGUACCGCCGCCGGUGUUACCGUUCGACCAGGUCUCGUUCGCGUACAACGGUAAAGAAGAAAAUUACUUGUACGACAAACUGGAUUUAGGCGUUGACUGCGACAGUCGCGUGGCUUUAGUUGGACCGAACGGCGCCGGUAAAUCCACUUUAUUGAAGCUCAUGACGGGCGAGUUGACUCCAACCAAAGGUUCGGUCUCUCGACACUCCGCUUUGAACAUCGGUAAAUACCAUCAGCACUCCGUCGAAGUUUUGGAUCGAAGCAAAACCGUUUUGCAAUUUUUCAUGGAUACCUAUCCAAACGUCCACGGUAAGUUUAAACGAGACAUUGACGAAUGGCGCGCGUUUCUCGGAAAAUACGGCAUCGCCGGUAAACAACAAACGACGCUUAUUGGUGAACUGUCCGAAGGACAACAAUCUCGCUUAGUCUUUGCGAUGAUUUGUAUGGGCAAACCAAACUUGUUGUUACUCGAUGAGCCUACGAAUCACUUGGAUUUAGAAGCCAUUGAUGCGUUAGCCGAAGCUAUUAAGGUGUACAACGGCGGUGUCAUUUUGGUUUCGCACGAUUUCCGUUUAAUCGACCAAGUCGCGAGAGAUAUUUGGGUGUGCGAAGACAAAACCGUUCGCAGAUGGGACAAAGACAUUCGCGAGUACAAGAAACACUUGUCUAAGAAAGCGGAAAGAGAGGCGAAAGAGAGAAAGUUGGCGAAGAAGUAA